GUCUGUCAUUGCAAAUUUUGACAUUUUUACAGUACUACUUUUUUGCCGUUUUUCAGUCGAAUGUAUAAUAACAAAAAAUGAAUAACAAAGAAGUAGUGGAAACAAAUUCUGUUGAACCGCUUACCCCUUACAGUAAGCCUCGGGUGCAACUUAAAGGUGCAAUAGAUUCAGAAGCAGCAGCAUCCAAAAAAUCAAAUUCUCCGACAGCGAGUACAAAUGUUGAAGAAAUAGAUCGCAAUCGAUCUUAUUUUCAAGAACGUAUCGUAUUAUAUUUGAAUGAUUUAGAAAGGGCAGAAGUCCUAAGAAGAGUAGAAGCACAGAAAAAAAGGGAGCAUGAGACUGAUUUUGAAGGUAGAUAUUACAAAUUACGGAAACAUGCCGUUCAUUUUAUUUACAAUUCCGACGUUCACGGGAUUAGAUACCUAGGCGAAAAACGUACCACCUGUGAAAAGAUAUUUUGGGGAUGGGUUGUAUGUCUAAGUUUGAUAACAUGUGCAAUUUUGAUAGUUUGGGUUAUAAUACAAUUUGGACUCUCUUCUCCCAUUAUUCUUAGCUAUAACUCUAACGAUAUUGACAAUGCAGUACUUUAUAAUGUAUUUCCAUCUGUGACGAUCUGCCCAGAGAAUAAAUUCGUUUACAAUGCUUUUACUCCCGAGGAAAUACAAAAUAUGCUUGUUAACCAAACCGUACCUCCGGGAAAGUCGCUAACUCUUGCACAGUAUAUAGUUCUCCUGUGUGCAGAGGAAAAGAAGGACUGGAAUUUUGGUAGCACCAUCUUGCACGACGACUUCUUUGAGCUAAUAGAUCAAAUAUAUCAACCUCUUGACGAAAUUUUUUUAACCUGUGACAUUUUUGGAACACGACACAAGUGUUCGGAAUUAUUUUUUCCAACUUUAACAGACGUGGGAAUUUGUUACACAUUUAAUAUGAGGACCCGAGAAGAUUUUUUUACCAGUGAAGUGUAUAAUCAUCGAAACUUUUAUAAAAGCAAACCCACAAUGGGGUGGACAGAAGAUGACAAGCCUCUCAGAUUGGACACCUAUCCUAAUCGUGCCUUACUGUUUGGUAAUCACAACGGUCUCCGAGUAGUUUUAAAAGCGAAUAAAUUACAAGAAACUUUUAAGUGCAAAUCAGUGUAUACUGGUUUCAAAGUUAUAAUACAUCGUCCAAUUGACAUACCACAUCCAUCGAAGUAUUAUUUUUUGGUUCCACGGAAUAAGUUUGUGACUGUGGUGGUCGAUUUACAUAAGAUUGCAACGCAUGAAAGAGUGUUGAAAAUGCCACCUUCUUACAGGAAAUGUUACCGUCCUUAUGAAAAACCUCUGAAGUACUUUACACAAUAUACUAAUAAAAACUGUUACCUUGAGUGUAGGACAGAAAUGAUGUUAAAACGUUGCAAUUGUACGGAGUUUUACAUGCCAAGGAAGAAAAAUACUCCGAUCUGUGGUGCAGAUAAUAUUGUUUGUGCAAAACGAUCAAGAGAUGAACUUAGAAUAUUAGAAUCACAGGCCAGCUAUCAAAAAAAAGAAACCACCUAUUGUGAUUGUCUCCCCAGGUGUACAUCUUAUUUGUAUCUCAAUAGUUUUACUGAAGGUACUUGGAAUUGGAAAGAUUAUUAUGAAAAUCAAUGGUAUGAAACAUUUUUCAACGAAACAGGAGGAUUCAACACUACCACUGAUGAAUUAUCUCUUCUAACUAUUUACUUCAAGAAGCCGUUUUUCAUCUCCGUCAUUAGAAACGAAUGGGGUGGAAUACCAGAAUUAAUUUCGAAUAUUGGAGGCUUUUCGAGUUUUUUUACAGGAAUGUCUAUGGUGUCGGGCGUGGAACUAAUUUAUUUUUUUACUAUACGACUUCUUUGUAACAAGAUCAAGUAUGGCAUGUGGCUGAAAUAUUAGGAAGGUAUAAUUUUAAAUGUAGUAAUUUGCUGGAAAUGAAAAUUUAAGUGCAUACAACUGAUUCAAGAUCUGUGUAUUAUUUCAAGCUGAAUGUAUAACUGCAGUAUCAAGUUCUCUUUCUUGAGAGAGUCAUGAAUAAAAAUAUUGUCAUUUUGAU